AACCAACUCUAUACAUGCAACAUGGCUUCUUUCGACGCUGAAACCGCUGAUAACUUGGAAGAUAUUGAAAGACAGUUUGCUGUCAAGGCCGUUCAACAUGUGGAAGCCUACUGGAACUUGCUUUCCGCCAUCCCAGGCUCCAAAUUGAAGUUGACCCCUCACGACAACGAAAUCUUCGAAACCUUGCUCCAGGACUUUCCAGAAUUCUUAAACCCGGAGUACGUUAAGAAUGUCAACGAAGCUGAGAUGAAGGGCGCUCUCGGUAAGGAGAGAUGGAGAAAGUUCAUGGCCAAGUUCGAAGGCAAGGUGGAGGACUACAACUUUGGUACCAUCAUGAGAACCAAGAGUGACGAAGAAUACACUCAGGAUGGUACUAUCUUUGUCUUGAGAUUGCAGUUCUACGCUGUUGAAAUCUGCAGAAACAGAUACGGUUUAAACGAGUGGGAGUGUGCUAAAAAAUAAACCUCCCGGCCCUUGUAUUUUAUCCCAGCCGUUCCCGCAUUUGUCAAACUCUUUUUUUUUUUUAUUUCUCAUACCGU